AUGUGGACCGCCCAGAACCACGCCACGACGAGCAGCGCUGUUCUCCUCACGGCCGCUACGCUCGGCUCGCUCUACGCAGGAUGGAAGGUCGCGACCGCCCUGUACUCGCAGCGCGUACUUGAUGCAGCGCUCACGAAGCAAAAGCUCCACUCCCCGGACUCGACGCUUCCGGUACUCGGCAACACGCUCGACCUGCUCUUCUUCCAGAGAGAGCGACUUUGGGACUGGGUCACGGAGCAGAGUGCAAUCAGUGGAGGCAAACCCUGGGUGCUGCGAAUCAUCGACCGCCCCACGUCCCUCGUCGUCACGUCCCCCGAAACGCUUGAAGACAUUUUCAAGACGCAGUUCGAGACUUUCGAGCGAGGCGCCGACAUGCGCGAGCUCUUCUACGCGUUCGUGGGCGAUGGGAUCGUCGGAGCGGACGGCGAGCAGUGGGUCAAGCACCGACGCACUGCCAGCCUCAUGUUCACCGCCCGAACGCUGCGUGAAGUCGUGGACGCAGUCGCCAAUGAGAAGUCGCUCCAGCUGCGAGGCGUACUCUCAGAGUGCGCUAAACAGGGGCGUGUAGUGAACAUGAAGUCGCUGCUGGCCAAGCUGUCGGGCGACGUGUUCACCAAGAUCGGCUUCGGAGUGGACCUGAACAAUCUUGCUGGCGACGUGGACUCGAAGAUGGACCACCCGUUCAUGAAGGCAGUGGAGGUAUACACUGAGGUUCUUGGCGCUCGGCUGCUGUCCCCGACGUGGAUGUGGAAGCUCAAGCGGCUGCUGAACGUCGGAGACGAACGCGAGCUGAAACACGCCAACAAAAUUGUGCACGACUUCACGUACGAGGUGAUGCGAAAGUCCAUGGAGAAGAAGACCAGCGACAACGGCCAUGGCAGGAAAGAUCUGCUUAAUUUGUUCAUGGAGGCGAACGACAACACCGACGUGCAGAUUGUCCGCGAUUCCGUCAUGAACUUCUUGCUAGCCGGGAGUGAGACGACUAGCUUCAGCUUGGCGUGGGUCAUCGUCAACUUGAAUCGGUACCCCGACGUGCUGGCCAAGCUCCGUGCGGAGUUCAGAGAAAAGUUGCCUGGGCUAAUGACUGGUGAGAUCGACGUCCCAACGUACGAGGACUUGCAGAACCUGCCUUACCUUGAGGCGGUCGUGAAGGAGAGCCUCCGGCUGUACGUGACGGCGGUAAACCGCGUGGCAAACCAGUCGACGACGCUCAGCGACGGCACGUUCGUGCCUCUUGGCUGUGGCAUUAUGGUAGCAUUGUACGCCGCCGCUCGAAUGAAGAACGUGUGGGGUGAAGACGCCGACGAGUACAAACCCGAGCGAUGGAUCGACCCCAAGACGGGGAAAGUCAAGAACGUAUCUUCGUUCAAGUUCAUCAGCUUCAUCGCGGGGCCUCGUCAAUGCAUCGGCAUGCGUUUUGCCCUGCUGCAAAUGCGGGUCGCCAUCGCUGUGAUGUUCAGUCGCUUCGACUUGAAGACUGUGGAGGACCCGUUCAAGCUCACGUACGACAUCGCAUUCACGCUGCCGGUGAAAGGGCCUCUCAACGUUUCCGUGCAUGAACUAGCGUGA